AAAAGUUUAAGUGAAAUUUUUGCUGCAGCUGCCAACGAUCACAGAGAUCAGGGAUAUUCAACUAAAUAUAUUUUAUAUUGCCUAAAAGCAUACGUAAAAUAUGGCAUAAAAGUUGCAGUGCAAUGACAUAGCCUUUGGACAGGAGCAAGGCGAACGUACUGAUUGAAUGGUCGUGUCAUAUGAUUGGUUUUAUAACGUAAAUGCAACAUUAUGUCGGCCAAGCGACCAUCUACACAUACAGAGCAGUACACGAAUCCCUCCUUCGAGCAGGAAUCCAGUCCGGCAGCAGCAGCAGCAGCAGCAACUGCAGGCAUUGCCACUGGAACUGGAACUAGUUCAGGUGCAGCCGCAGGCACUGGCUCAGGUUCAGCUUCAGUGUCUGGUGUGUGCACGAGCGAUGCAGAGGCGGGCGCAACACAUCGCAAAGGUCACAGGCGACAGGAAUCAAUGUACCAGAUGACAGGCCUCUAUUCGGAGACGAACAGCGGCGACGAGAGCAGCAUAGAUGCCACCCAGGAGAGCUCGCAUGUGGGCGACUUGUCCAAGCCGGCCAAGGCGACGCUGGCGGCCGCAUCGACGAUCGCCAUGGAUAAUGCCGUCCUCAAGUGCCACAGUCGACAGCCGUCGGCAGCGGCUGCUGCGGCUGCUGCGGCUGCUGCUGCAGCCAGCAAAUGCAGCAAUGCCGAUCACCAGCGCGACGACGACGAGGAUGAGGAGCAGUUUCGUUCGAGGGAUUGCGGCAUAUUGAAUUGCCGGCCGUAUGGCAUUCAGAGAUUCGCCAGGAUCAAGAUAUUCGUGCUGCUGCUGUCGCUGCUGGUGAUGAUGCAGCAGGCGCUGAGCUCGGGCUACAUCAACUCGGUGAUCACCACCAUUGAGAAGCGUUUCGAGAUCCCCUCCAGCUAUUCGGGCCUCAUCGCCUCCAGCUACGAGAUCGGCAACGUGAUAACCGUCAUAUUCGUCAGCUACCUGGGCAGCCGGCGACACAUACCCGUCUGGAUUGGCAUCGGCGCCGUAAUCAUGGGCAUCGGCUCGCUGGUGUUCAUGGUGCCGCACUUUACGGGCGAGCAGAAUCCGGGCAUUGCGAUCAUGAACAAGACCAGCGACAACAUUUGCCGCAGCGCCUUGGUGCGGGACCAGGACAUGGAUCUGGGCAGACUCUCCAGCGGGCUCUCCCAUCAGCCCCUGGCGCCGCACACGCUGCGCGAGGACAACUGCCUGGAGGGCAAGGCCUCCACCACUGGGCCCGUUCUCCUCUUUGUGCUCGCCCAGCUGCUGCUCGGCUGCGGGGGCAGUCCGCUCUUCACGCUGGGCACCACCUAUGUGGACGAUCACGUGCGCACCGAGAGCUCCUCCAUGUACAUCGGCUGCAUGUACAGCAUGGCGGCUUUCGGACCGGUCGUUGGCUUCCUGCUUGGCGCCUACCUGCUCUCCUUCCACAUGGACUCGCUCUCGUCCACCAUCAUAUCCAUAACGCCUGGGGAUCGUCGCUGGGUGGGCAUGUGGUGGGGCGGCUUUCUGCUCUGCGGCGUGAUACUGCUCGUGGUCGCUGUUCCGUUCUUCUCCUUUCCCAAGGUGCUGACGCGCGAGAAGAAGAAGAUACGCAAGAGCAGCGUGGUGCAGCUGACGUUGCCGAACAACUCGGGCGCUGUCGCCACGGAUGAGUUGGGCAAGGUGAAGAAGGAGAUUGUGGCGGUGACGACCAAAGAGGAGGAGACGCAUUCGCCGCCCAAGGUGGACACCGGCUAUGGCAAGGACAUCAAGGAUAUACCGCAGUCCAUGCUGCGCCUGGUCAAGAAUCCCGUCUACAUCGUCACCUGCCUCGGCGCUUGCAUGGAGCUGAUGAUUGUCUCCGGCUUUGUCGUGUUUCUGCCGAAAUAUCUGGAGACGCAGUUCAGCCUGGGCAAGAGCCAGGCGAACAUAUUCACCGGCUCGAUCGCAGUGCCUGGUGCCUGCAUUGGCAUCUUCAUCGGUGGCUGCGUGCUGAAGCGUUUCCAGCUCAAGCCAAAAGGCGCCGUGCAGUUCGUGCUCAUCACGAACGUCAUCUGCCUGGCCUGCUAUGCGAUGCUGUUCUUCUUGGGCUGCGACAACCUGAAGAUGGCCGGCACCACGAUACCCUACUACACCAAGCACGGCUCGACGCUGGACCAGCCGUUCCAGGUGAAUCUGACGGCCGCCUGCAACUUCGGCUGCGAGUGCCUGACCAGUGAGGUGGAGCCUGUUUGCGGCAACAAUGGCCUGACCUACUUCAGUCCCUGCCACGCCGGCUGCACCGCCUUCUCGUCCAGCUCCAACUACACCAACUGUGCCUGUGUUCACGCCAACAUUUCGAGCAGCAUUUAUCGGGGCGCUGGCGGCAGCCAGGCUCAGGCAUUGAGUGCCAACGAGGACUUUGCUGAGGUCACUGUCGUGCCGGUGGCCACAGCUGGGCCGUGCGCCACGCCCUGCCGCACCAUCUACCCCUUCCUCAUACUGCUGUUCUUCAUGACAUUCAUAGUGGCGUCCACGCAGAUGCCUCUGCUAAUGAUUGUGCUGCGCUCCGUGUCCGAGGAGGAGCGCUCCUUUGCCCUGGGCAUGCAGUUCGUGAUAUUCCGCCUAUUCGGCUAUAUACCAGCGCCCAUUGUCUUUGGCAAUCUCAUCGACUCCACGUGUCUCUUGUGGAAGUCGUCGUGUGGCGAGAAGGGCGGCCGUUGUCUCAUCUAUGAUAUCGAGAAGUUUCGUUACAAAUAUGUGGGUCUGUGUGCGUCCGUUAAGCUAGUCGCCCUGUUUAUCUUCAUUGUGGACUGGUGGCUCGUGCGCAGGCGCAAGCAGCUCGAGAAAAUGAAGCCACUGAAUGCCAGCGAUCCCAUCAUCGGAUCCAUCAUCAGUUUGGACAAACUAUUCGAGGAGAAGCUGACGGCCGGGGAUGCGAGCACUGGAUUCGUGGCAGGCAACGGCGAGCUGAUUAUCCCAACUGAGAUAUUGCGGCACUCGCGCAACGAAUCGCGCAACGACUCGCGCACCCUGCAGCUGGAAUACUGCUACGACAAGUGUGGACAUGUGGUGCCAGCAGCAAACAGCUGCCAUGUGCCGCAGACCAAGUCGAAGAAGCACUUCCGCAGCGCCUCGUGCGAUGUGAAGAUGAUCAAGAGCUUUGCCAAGGACCACAAUGUGGCAAGCAGCGCUGCGGAUGCCGUUGGCAAUAAGUUCACGAAUCUGAAGAAGCUGCAGUCGCACACACGUAAUCACUCCACUGAUCUGAAUCCACAUGAUGUGCGCCACAAGACGUUGCGCGACGAUCCGUCGCUGCCCAUACGCUUCAUACAAAACCAGCUGCGACCGCAGGAGUACGCCGAGGAGGAUGACGACGACGAGCUAACCACGGGCUGUGGCCAUUUCGUGAAGAAGCACUCGCGCAACCACAGCUACGACCAGAUCUAUAUGCCCAACAAUAUUCGCUUCGACGCGGACUUCCUGCGCCAUCCGCACUCACAUCACAGCAAUCCCAAGAAGAAUGUCAAUGUGCUGAAGAACGUGGUGGCUGAUGCCGGCAAGGUGAAGAACUCCAAUGAGGUGGAGGGUAGCAGUGGAUCGCGCUGCCACUCGCGGACCAAUUCGAAGGAUCUGAACAGCCAAGUGGCCGUACCCGAGUCAUCAUCGAGUGGUCUCAGUAUUUUGCGUCAUCGUCGCUCCAAUUCAAAAGAUCUUAACUACAGCAUCCUGCCCUCUGGCAGCAACGUAGAAGCUCCAGCAGUAGCACCGACUAAUGCCCAUGGCACGGCUGGCCCACUGAAUCGAGCAACACAACAGCAGCAACAACAGCAGCAGCAGCACACACGAAAUACGUCGCAUCACAAGAUUCAGAUCGACGACGAUCGCAACGAGCUAAUUGACGAUAACGAUGAGGAGGAGGAGUCGAACUCGAUUCGCUUGUAGUGGCGAUAGUUCAACAUGUUCCUGUGCAUGUAGUCCAGCAAUCUCAACAACUGUCGCACAUAGCCUUAAGCUGAUUCGGCUUGAGCGGAGACGGAGACGGAGAUGGAGACGCCUGCAGAGCUCCGCUAGCAUUCCAGGCGUGCCUCCAAUGUGUCAACAACCCUAUGUGUCUGACUUUAUGAUUUCCUUAAGAGCUGAAACCAGCUAAUGUACUUGUACUUACAACCAAGUGUUCAAUUGUACUUUCCUUGUAGAUAACACGUAAAUAAUCUUUUAUACAAUGUUUCAAAACGGUUCACAGAAGUUCACAUUUGGAGCGUUGCAACAAUAUUUAUAAUUAGUUUAUUUAUUGUAUAAGCAUAUUGUAGAUUCGUAUUGUAGUCUUAGCUCCUUGUGAUAGGCAUAUUUUAUACUGUAUACGUACCAUUUACAUUUUAAGAGCUAAUUGACUGUUGUUCCUCCAGAGUCGACGUAACAGUUAAUCAAUAGUUUAUCGCAAUGUGAAUGCAUGAAUUAUCUUCUAUAGAAGGAACCAACUCAGCUGAGUUCAAUCGGACAGACAUGUCGCCAGCUGCCAAAGUUACAAGUCGAAGUCAUGUUUGACGUCAUGAUGAGAGACCCUAAAAGAGCAUACCUACUACUAUAUUAAAUUCCAGACUAUUAUUAGAUCGAUGUAAACUGCUAAAGAUUUUGUAUCUUUGAUCCCUAAAGCUUUUACAUUGUUCAAAUCUCGGUUUCGAAAUGCGAAAUGCGAAAUUUUUAAUGUGCAAACAUUUUGACUGCGUCCCUUACAAGCCUAGAGAAAUCAAUAGAAAAUUUUGAAAAUACAGCUGAACUAAUAUAAUAAUAUCAAUAUUUUAACAAUUGUCAAUGGAAAUUGUGCUGUGAAACGAUGUGUGAGUAAUGCAAAUAAAACGUAAUAAUAAUAAUUAACACAAUGAUUGUUGUUGAAAAAG